CUGCACAUCCACCGUCGGAACUUAACAGUGUGACAUCCAGCGGAAGUAAACACUACAGCCGUUAGCAGCGUUAGCUCUGUGCACGUGACGUUAUUGAAUGAAGUGGAAGACGGUAUUGUAGCGGUGACACAGUUAAUUAUUUAAUCUGUAAUUAAGCGACAAUGUCUUCAGUUGAGUGUUUGAGAGAGUUUGUCAACGAGCGACUAACUGCUGCUGCUGAAGAAAUAUUUGGAGUUUUUCAAAAAACUAUCGUCGAGUACGAAGAAGAGAUCUAUCGUCAGCGCAAACUGCUGGAUAUCGUUUGCAAACCUGAAAUAAAGUUACACAGGAUAGAUCUCCAACAGCAACAUGUCUGUGAGGAGGAAGAGGAGGAGGUUCUCACUGACCAGCAGCUCUGUAACCAGGAGAGGAGCUCCAGUCUGGACCAAGAGGACCCAGAGCCUCUACAGAUUAAAGAGGAACAGGAGGAGCUCUGCACCAGUCAGGAGGGAGAGGAGGUUGUGAUAAAGGUGGAGGCUGAUACCUUUGUGGUGACUCCUACUGAUGAGGAAAGGGACCAUGUUGAACCAGAACCUGAAAGUGACCACCAGCUGCUGUUGAACAACUUUUAUGCAGCUGAGAGCCAAGAUCAGAAAGGAUACAAGCAUGAACACUCUACUAGAGAUGCAGAGUCAGAACAAAACGAUCAACAAUAUGAAAACAGAAGUCAGAGUAACAUCGUCUGCAACCCUAACUUGUCAGGGGCUGACAAUAAUAUUCACAAACCGUCUUUUAAAUGUAACACUUGUGGGAAGGAUUGUAAGUAUAAGUCAGUACUUCUGAACCACAUGAGAAUUCACACAGCUGAGAAGCCGUACAUUUGUACAACAUGUGGGAAAGCGUUUGCACAGAAUGGUACCUUGACAAUCCACAUUAGAUGCGCCCACACUGGUGAGAGGCCGUACCUUUGUAAUACCUGUGGGAAAAGAUUCAGUGAUCUUUCAACAUUGAAAAGGCAUCAGAGGGCUCACACAGGUGAGAAGCCAUAUAUUUGCAAAAUCUGCGAUAAAACGUUUAGUAGAAUUAACUCAUUGAAAAUGCAUCAGAGAAUGCACACAGGUAAGAAGCCGUAUAUUUGCAAAACCUGCGGGAAAGAAAUUUGUAGUAUUUACUCAUUAAAACUGCAUGAGAGAAUUCACACAGGUGAGAAGCUGUACCUUUGUAAAACUUGCGGGAAAAGCUUUAAUAGAAUUAACUCAUUGACUGUCCAUCAAAGAAUUCACACAGGUGAGAAACCGUAUGUUUGCGCAAUAUGUGGAAGAGCUUUCAGACAGCGUAGUGCCUUAAGCGUCCACAUUAGAUGCGCCCACACUGGUGAGAGGCCGUACCUUUGCAACACCUGUGGGAAAAGAUUCAGUGAUCUUUCAACAUUGAGAAGGCAUCAGAGGGCUCACACAGGUAAGAAGCCAUAAUUUUGCACAACAUGUGGGAAAGAUUUCACACAUAGUAGUACCUUAAACGCCCACAUUAGAUGUAUCCACAAUGGUGAGAGGAAAUAUCUUUGCAAGAUCUGUGCGAAAAGAUUCACUUAUCUGUCAGCAUUGAAAACGCAUGCAGCAACACACACAGACGAGAGACCAUACGCUGCAACACGUGUAAGAAAACGUGCUGCG